AUGUCGCGCCCUGAGGACCUCCUCCCUCCGGAUCUAUACUACGAUGACACCGCCUCGGCCAAAUACACGACCUCUUCGCGCAUCCAGGCCAUUCAAUCCUCCAUGACGCACCGGGCGCUUGAUCUACUCGACCUGCCCUCUCCAUCGCUUGUCCUCGACAUUGGCUGCGGCUCGGGUCUGUCGGGCGAAAUCCUCUCCGAAGAAGGCCACAUCUGGGUGGGCAUGGACAUUGCGCCGUCGAUGCUGGACAUUGCGCUCCAAAGAGAAGACGUCGACGGCGAUUUGUUCCUGGCGGACAUGGGCCAGGGGAUACCCUUUCGGGCCGGCAGCUUCGACGCAGCCGUGUCGAUCAGUGCGGUGCAAUGGCUGUGUAAUGCCGAGAGCAGCGGCGUGAGCCCCGAGGGCCGACUGCGCAGGUUCUUCGACGGCCUGUACGCGGCGCUGAAGAGAGGGGGACGGGCAGUGUUGCAGUUCUACCCGAAGAACGACGCCCAGCGGAAUAUGAUUUCGCAAGCUGCUGUGCGGGCGGGGUUCGGGGCGGGCAUACUCGAAGAUGAUGGCGGGACGAAGAACGUCAAGACCUAUUUGGUCUUGAGCGUCGGUGGAGGGGAUAUCACUGAGCGGGUGAGAGACAUGGAGGGCGUGGAUGUCGAGGAUGGACGCCGGAUCAGGGACGCCAAGGUGGCGAUGAAGGGCAAGGGCUCUGCUGGUGAUGUGAAGGGAAGUAAGGCCUGGGUGUUGCGGAAGAAGGAGAAGAUGAGGGGUAAGGGCAAGGCAGUCAAGAUGGAUUCCAAGUACACGGGCCGCAAGAGGGGGCCGAAGUUUUGA